AUGCCUGCCGCGGUGAGCGCCCAAUCAGGCUCGAAGCCGGAUACCUCCAACUCAGAGCAACCCGAGCAAUCCUUCAAACCCGACGAGGAUCCCCAACUGAGCCUCUUCGACCAGGUGUCAGAAUGGCUACAGCACGAGAAAACUAGACGCCAGACACGCAAGGCUCGUCGGGCAGAAGCGGCCUCCAAAGUCUCAGAGGCCCCGAACGCGAAUGUAGAGUGCGCAGAGCGCCCGGUAGACGAAUCUCGCUCGAGCUCCGAAAGCACUUUCUCCCUCGACAAGUUGGAAAAAAUCCUCCUUCAGUAUGCCAAGACAAGCUCUGGAAGUACGCUACCCGCCUCCGUAUCGACUGUCAAGCGAGUAGCUCGCCGACGACCUAAGGGCCUCCGACGUGGCUCCGCAUCGGACUCCGAAUACACUGAUGUUGAGGCCCCUGUGCCUAGCGUGGAAGCUUUUCUUGACAACUCCAAGACGCUCGCCUACACGGGCGGCGCCGCAGAAGAGGAUGCCACUGAUGGUCCCAAACGUUCUAAGGAUCAGGAAGCCUGGCUGACUUUCAAGACCGAGAUUUUGCGUCUUGCGCACACGAUGCAGCUCCGGGGCUGGCGUAAGGUCCCACCAGAGGCCGCGGGCGACGUUAAGGUCAUCCGUCUGAGCGGCGCUUUGACAAAUGCCGUGUACGUGGUGGAGCCACCUAGACAUCUCCCUGUCACGAAAAUCGAGAAUGGAUCUGCCUCAUUGGUGUCGAGAAAGCCGCCACCAAAGCUUUUAUUGCGUAUCUAUGGCCCCCAGGUGGAUCAUUUGAUUGACCGUGAGAAAGAAUUGCAGAUUCUGCGUCGCCUGGGUCGCAAAAACAUUGGGCCGCGUGUGCUCGGCACUUUUCUGAAUGGUCGUUUUGAGGAGUAUUUUGAAGCUCGUACAUUGACCGCAAAGGACCUUCGGAUUCCCGAGACUGCCAAGCAGAUUGCGAAGCGGAUGAGAGAGCUCCAUGAUGGCGUGGAUCUCCUAGACGAGGAGCGAGAGGGCGGGCCAAUGAUUUUCAGCAACUGGGAUAAAUGGGUAGAUCGUUGCGAACAAGUGACUUCUUGGUUGGAUAAGGAACUUGAAUCUCCACAGAACGAAAGGAAAAGUGCUCUGGAACCAUGGCGCCUGCGCGGAUUUGUUUGCGGUGUGCCAUGGGCUGUAUUCCGCAAGGCGGUGGAUAGCUAUCGGAAAUGGCUGAUCGCUAGCUGUGGGGGAAUCGACGAGAUCAAACAGCAGCUCGUCUUCGCUCAUAAUGAUACCCAAUAUGGCAAUCUACUACGCAUGGAACCUGCCACACAGUCUCCUCUACUCCUGCCAGCCAACGAGCACAAGCAGUUGGUUGUUAUUGAUUUUGAAUACUCUUCAGCGAAUACCCCUGGCUUUGAAUUUGCUAACCACUUCACCGAAUGGUGCUACAACUACCACGACGAAGAGCGCUCCUGGGCUUGUAACACUCGCUUCUACCCCACACCCGACGAACAGUAUCGCUUUGUGGCGACCUAUCUUACUCACCACCCUGCUGUUCCUGGGGGGCCUACUUCCCCGUUGGCCACCCCCGCAAUGCGUGGUGGCCGGCCUACAACCGCCAUUACCCCUCUAAAUCUCGACGACGGACCCGAAGUUCACAGCUCCCAGGCACUAGAUAAGUGUGGGGAUGACGAAUUGGAGUCGGAGGUCCGGAAUCUCAUGCACCAAACUCGUCUGUGGCGUGUGAUGUGCUCGGCGCAGUGGGCCGCAUGGGGCAUUGUGCAGGCUAAAGUCCCCGGUAUGGAGGAAGGCAUUGCCAAGAUGGUCGCAGCCUCCAACAACGGAUCUCCCGAUAAUGGGAAUUUUGGUUCCAAUGGGAGUAGCCAGCAUGCCAACAUGUCUCCGGUUGAGACGGACAUGGAUGAGGAAGAUGGUUUCGAUUAUCUUGCCUACGCCCAAGACCGAGUCCUAUUCUUCUGGUCUGAUCUUCUGGCACUGAAUCUGGUUAAUGCGGAUGAGCUCCCUCCCGCGAUGGUCGAGCAUAUCCGGGCGCGGCGGCUCGACUACUGA